AUGCCGCCGAUGUCGAACAGUGCCGAGUCGGUUGUCGCGAGCAGUCGCGAGUGUCAAUCACCCAGCCGACUCGAAUAUCGGACCAUGCUCGAGUCGUUUCCCAAUCAUGACAGAACAAUGGCUGCCUCUUUGGGACUGUCAGGCUCACGGCGAAAGUUGUCCAACGAGGAUGUUCGCAUGCUGCAAGACCGCUCUAUUCAGUGCGAUGCUCUGCAUUGGCUAUCAAGCGAAGCCGGCCGUGCCAAAGUCUGGGUACCGUAG